AUGGGAGGGGAGCAGAUCUUCGCCCUCAUCGUCUUCUCCUCCCUGCUGACCGAUGGCUACCAGAACAAGACGGACUCUUUGCAGCUCCGCUGUGUCCUCAACAGCAACAACGUGGCCUGCAGCUUCGCCGUGGGGGCCGGCUUCCUGGCCCUGCUCAGCUGCCUGGCCUUCCUGGCCCUGGACGCCCACGAGGGCCACAUCGCCUGCACCCGCUUCCGGACGGCCUUCCAGCUCCUGGACUUCAUCCUGGCCGUCCUCUGGGCAGGCACCUGGUUCCUGGGUUUCUGCUUCCUGGCCAACCAGUGGCACCGUUCGCCGCCCAAACAGUUCCUCCUGGGGAACAGCAGCGCCAAGGCCUCCGUCGCCUUCGCUUUCUUCUCCGUCCCCAUCUGGAUAUUCCAGGCCUACCUGGCCUUCCAGGACCUCCGCAAUGACGCUCCGGUCCCCUACAAGCGCUCCCUGGAUGAGGGGGGCGUGGUGCUGACCACCCUCUCCCCGCCCUCCGCCGCCAGCCCUAUCAACACGCCCACCACUGGCCCCAACAGCAUGAGUUACGCCAGCUCCGCCCUGUCCCCCUAUCUGACCACGGCGAAGGUCCCCCGCCUCGUCAUGAUGCCCGACAACUAGACACCCUCAUCACCUCAGUAAAGAGCUCAC